AUGAGGGGUUUCUUUUAUGUUGCAGUACUACUUUACCUAGAUGCAUUUGUGCAUGCAUUUCUCGUAAAGAUGGGCACAGACCCCAUUUGUGCCGUUCCGCCGGAUAAAACGUUGCUCGCGCGGACAAUGCAGCUGCUCCUCGGAAUCAAGCGGCUUCCGCGGCGCUUCCACAGCUUGCCGGACAAGUUCACGGGGUUCCGGUUCCACAAGUCGUACCGGUUCAACCACCGGUUCUUCCGGGCGCGCAAGACACUCAAGAUCAGCUACUGCCAGGAGGGCCGACUCCAGUUCCAGGUCGACCACAUGUUGGCAAAGGAGAUCGACUGGAACAUUCCGUUCUGCGUGCUCGACGCGCCGGUGGAGCAGGGCAAGUUCUGGCAGCAGGGCAGCACGAACCUCAAUGCGUUGAACUGCUUCAAGUUGGCGCGACGCAAGAAGUACGCGAAGCGGUCGUUUGACAUCUUCCUCCCGGACACAUGGGUUGGAGGGCUCUUCCACUGCAACGUGACGAACGACGUCAAGACCAAGCUUGUGUCGUUGAUGGACCAGAACCUCAACAUCCGGUUGGAUACCGAGGGCGGUGACAACAUGUUCGACAUCACAAACGUGUGCACGCGGGAGAACUCGAUCCCGCUCCAGCCGAUUAUGUCUUCGGACUACAAGCAGUACUGGACCAACUACAAGACGCAGAGCAGGAUCCCGCUCGUGCGCCAGAUAUACAAGAUGCAGGUGGAGAAAAUAAUCCCGUUUUUCGAAACGCCGGUGAGCGUUGGCGCGGGCCGCAUCAAAUGGGGCUUGCCGCUUGACGAGCAGUUUGCGUCGAUGGCCGAGUUCUGGCGCCAGAAUAGCAAGACACCGUGGUAUGAGGAGAUUGAAGUGCAAGAAAAUUACAACUACAACCCAACAGAGGAACAAGAUAUCAGCACUGCUCACAACAUCACAAUGACGUUGCUAGAGCCCUUCCUAAAAUAUUCGCGGAAACUGUUGACGUCCUUUUUAGAUCAUGACGGCACGUUACGAGCUCAGGCUCCGGAGAGGUUCAAAGAGAUGAUUGACAGCUUAGGGGCGUUCAAGCGCAAUAUCUGGCAUUUCCUAAGCACGUCAGACGUAGUUUCCUCUCUUGGCCCCGAAGUCCAUGAAGUUUUGAGCGAGAUAAAAAAGUUGUGGGAUGACUUGAAUCUCGCACCCGAAAAGUUCACGUACGGAGAAGACUUAAAAAAGGACAUUACCACAGUGAUAAAAGUUUAUAGAUCAGGCCCAUAG